UCGCCGCGUUCUUAGUGGGUGUCAUGGCGGCCGGCGUCGAGUUGGCAGGAGUUGCCCUCGGGGCUGGGGAAAGUCACUAAAACAGGGGAAGAAGUGGCCCAACCUGGACGUUGGGAAGUCGUGGGAAUGAGCAGAGGCCUCGCGGGGCUGACAGUGGCACUGGAGACGGGCCCCUGGUAACGUCCCAGGUCAGGCCUCUGCGUUUCUAGGCAGAGUCCGGCAGUUGGUGGGAGCCCCCCGAAGCCGGCGUUGCCUAGGAACCCCAUUGUGUUACCGAAUCUUGAGUGUUUUGAUUUGGAUUGGUCCCGUGAAGGCAGCGGUUCGAGGAGCUUUGGCUGGAUCGUCCGACGACGCUGGACGAUUUUCUCGGAGCGGACCAUCGCGUUCUCUAAACCGCAGCGAUGUCGUCCUGGCUUGGGGGCCUCGGCUCCGGCUUGGGCCAGUCUCUGGGUCAAGUCGGAGGCAGCCUGGCUUCCCUCACUGACCAGAUUUCAAAUUUUACAAAGGAUAUGCUAAUGGAGGGCACGGAGGAAGUGGAAGCAGAAUUACCUAAUUCUAGAAGAAAGGAAAUUGAAGCCAUUCAUACAGUCUUAAGAUCAGAGAAUGAGAGACUCAAAAAACUUUGUACUGAUUUAGAAGAGAAGCAUGAAGCGUCAGAGCUUCAAAUAAAGCAGCAAUCUACAAGUUAUCGGAAUCAACUACAACAGAAGGAGGUAGAAAUCAGCCAUCUUAAAGCAAGACAGAUCGCACUGCAGGAUCAGCUGCUGAAGCUGCAGUCAGCUGCUCAGUCCACACAUUCAGGAGCUGGUGGCGUACCAGCAGCCCCUGCUUCCUCUCCCUUCGGCUGUCGGGUCAGUCACCCUGCUUCAGCUUUCCACGACGAUGACAUGGACUUUGGUGACAUAAUUUCGUCACAACAAGAAAUAAACAGGUUGUCAAAUGAAGUUGCAAGACUUGAAUCUGAAGUUGGUCAUUGGAGGCAUAUUGCUCAGACUUCUAAAGCACAAGGAUCAAAUAACUCUGAUCAAAGCGAAAUCUGCAAACUUCAAAGUAUCAUUAAGGAACUCAAACAGACUCGAAGUCAGGAAAUCGAUGACCAUCAACAUGAAAUGUCAGUUUUACAAAAUGCAUACCAACAGAAAUUGACAGAAAUAAGUCGUCGUCAUCGAGAAGAAUUAAGUGACUAUGAAGAACAAAUUGAAGAACUGGAAAACUUGUUACAACAAGGUGGCUCAGGGGUAAUAACUCAUCACUCAAAAAUCCAUGAUAUGCAGAAAACUAUACAGGAUCUACAAAAUGAAAAAGUAGCAUCUAUAAAAAGAAUUGAAGAACUUGAGGAUAAAAUAAAAGACAUAAAUAAAAAAUUAUCUUCUACAGAAAAUGACAGGGAGAUUUUGAGGAAGGAACAAGAACGCCUAAAUGUUGAAAACAGACAAAUAACAGAAGAAUGUGAAAGCUGGAAACUGGAAUGUAGGAAAUUGCAGCCCGAAGCUGUGAAGCAAAGUGAUACUGUGAUAGAAAAAGAACGAAUCCUUCCACAGAGUACAUCGGUGGGAGAGGGAGUACUCAAACUGCAGCGAGCACUGUCUGGUGUAAAAGAUGCUGAAAAUGAAAUUUUGAGACUGAGUAAUUUAAACCAGGACAACAGUCUCACUGAAGACAAUUUGAAACUUAAAAUGCAUGUUGAAACUUUAGAAAAACAGAAGUCCUUAUUGAGUCAAGAAAAGGAAGAGCUUCAGCUAUCACUUUUAAAAUUGAACAGUGAGUAUGAAGUAAUUAAAAGUACAGCUGCGAGAGAGAUGGAUUUAAAGUCAACAUUACAUGACUUAAGACUGACUUUGGAGGCAAAGGAGCAGGAACUUAAUCAGAGUCUCACUGAGAAGGAAAUACUUGUAGCUGAGUUAGAGGAAUUGGACAGACAGAACCAAGAAGCUACAAAGCACAUGAUUCUGAUAAAAGAUCAGCUAUCAAAACAACAAAAUGAGGGAGACAGCAUCAUUAGUAAACUGAGAAAAGAUCUAAAUGAUGAAAACAGGAGAGUCCAUCAACUUGAAGAUGAUAAAAUUAACAUGACUACAGAGCUAGAUGUGCAGAAAGAGAAGUUAGUUCAAAGUGAACUCGUCCUAAAUGAUUUGCAUUUAGCCAAGCAGAAGCUUGAGGAAAAAGUAGAAGCUUUAGUAGAUCAGCUAAAUAAAUCACAAAAAAGUAAUUUAAACAUGCAGAAGGAGAACUGUGGACUUAAGGAACAUAUUAAACAAAAUGAGGAAGAGCUUUCUAGAAUCAGGGAUGAGUUAACUCAGUCUCUAAAUUGCAACUCUGGCAGUGAUUUUAAGGAUGAUUUACUCAAAGAAAGGGAAGCCGAAGUCAGAAAUUUAAAGCAAACUCUUUUAGAAAUAGAAAAGCUCAAUGACAGUUUAAACAAAGUUGCUUUUGAUCUCAAAAUGGAAAAUGAAAAGUUGGUUUUAGCAUGUGAGGAUGUAAGACAUCAGUUGGAAGAAUCCAUUGCUGGUAGCAAUCAGAUUUCUCUGGAAAGAAACACUAUUGUGGAGGCUCUAAAAAUGGAAAAAGGACAGUUAGAAGCAGAAUUGAGUCGGGCUGAACAGAGGCUGUUGGAAGAAGCCAGUAAGUACGAGCAGACGAUUAAAGAAUUGUCAAAGGCACGUGAUUUGAGCACCUCUGCUUUACAGCUGGAACAGCAGCGUUUAAUGAAACUCAGUCAAGAGAAAGACUUUGAAAUAGCAGAACUCAAAAAGAACAUUGAACAAAUGAAUACUCAUCAUCAAGAAACCAAGGAAAUUUUGUCCUCUAGUUUAAAAGAGCAGAAGCACUUAACACAACUUAUAAGUGAGAAGGAAAUUUUUAUUGAAAAACUUAAAGAAAGAAGUUCAGAGCUUCAGGAGGAAUUAGAUAAAUAUACCGAGGCCUUAAGAAAAAAUGAAAGUUUGAAGCAAACCAUGGAGGAAAAAGACAGAAGUCUUGGGUCCAUGAAAGAAGAAAACAAUCAUCUAAAAGAAGAACUGGAACGGCUCCGGGAGCAGCAGAGUCGAGCUGCACCUGUGGUGGAGCCUAAACCCCUUGACAGUGUUACUGAGCUGGAGUCUGAGGUGUUGCAACUGAAUAUUAUAAAGGGGAAUCUUGAGGAGGAAAUAAAACAUCAUCAGAAGAUUAUUGAAGAUCAAAACCAGAGUAAAAUGCAGCUGCUUCAGUCUUUAGAGGAACAGAAGAAGGAAAUGGAUGAGUUUAAGUGCCAGCAUGAGCAGAUGAAUGUCACCCACACCCGACUCUUCUUAGAGAAAGAUGAAGAGAUUAAGAAUUUGCAAAAAACAGUUGAACAAAUCAAAACCCAGUUGCGUGAAGAAAGACAGGGCGUUCAAACGGAGAAUUGUGAGAUCUUUCAAGAAACGAAAGUACAGAGCCUUAACAUAGAAAAUGGCAGUGAAAAACAUGAUUUAUCUAAAGCCGAAACUGAGAGAUUAGUAAAAGGAAUAAAAGAACGAGAAUUGGAGAUUAAACUUCUGAAUGAAAAGAAUAUAUCUUUAACGAAACAGAUUGAUCAGCUGUCCAAAGAUGAGGUUGGUAAACUCACUCAGAUCAUCCAGCAGAAAGACUUGGAGAUACAAGCUCUUCACGCUAGAAUUUCUUCAGCUUCCUACUCCCAGGAUGUUGUCUACCUUCAGCAGCAGCUGCAGGCCUACGCUAUGGAGAGAGAACAGGUAUUAGCUGUUUUGAGUGAGAAGACUAGGGAGAAUAGCCACCUGAAAACGGAAUACCACAAAAUGAUGGAUAUCAUUGCUGCCAAAGAGGCAGCUCUUGUGAAGCUGCAAGAUGAAAAUAAAAAAUUAUCCGCUAGAUCUGAAGGUGGUGGCCAAGAUAUGUUUAGAGAAACUGUUCAGAAUUUAUCACGUAUCAUUCGAGAAAAAGACAUUGAGAUAGAUGCAUUAAGUCAGAAAUGCCAGACCUUAUUGACGGUUUUACAAACAUCCAGCACUGGGAAUGAGGUUGGAGGUGUUAACAGCAAUCAGUUUGAGGAGCUUCUACAGGAACGCGACAAAUUAAAACAACAAGUGAAGAAGAUGGAAGAGUGGAAACAGCAGGUGAUGACCACGGUCCAGAAUAUGCAGCACGAGUCCGCCCAGCUUCAGGAGGAACUCCAUCAGCUUCAGGCACAAGUUUUGGUUGACAGUGAUAAUAAUUCUAAAUUACAAGUGGACUACACUGGCCUGAUCCAAAGUUAUGAGCAGAAUGAAACCAAACUCAAAAGUUUUGGGCAGGAGCUAGCACAGGUUCAGCACAGCAUAGGGCAGCUGUGCAGUACCAAAGAUCUUCUUUUAGGAAAACUUGAUAUUAUUUCACCUCAACUCUCCUCCGGAUCAUCGCCUCCUUCCCAGCCAGCAGAGUCUCUUGGAACAGUUAAGCCCGAUACAUCGAGCGAGUCUUCUAAACAGGAGCUGGAAGAGCUAAGAAAGUCACUGCAGGAAAAAGAUGCAACAAUUAAAACGCUCCAGGAAAACAAUCACAGGUUGUCUGAUUCGAUUGCUGCCACCUCAGAGCUAGAAAGAAAAGAACAGGAACAGACGGAUUCAGAAAUUAAGCAGCUAAAGGAGAAACAAGAUGUCCUACAAAAGUCACUUAAGGAGAAAGACCUCUUAAUCAAAGCCAAAAGUGAUCAGUUGCUUUCUUUAAAUGAAAAUUUCACCAACAAAGUGAAUGAAAAUGAACUUUUGAGGCAGGCAGUAACCAACCUGAAGGAGCGGAUAUUAAUUUUAGAAAUGGACAUUUGCAAACUAAAAGAAGAAAAUGAAAAAAUAGUAGAAACAACCAGGGAAAAGGAAACGGAGUAUCAAGCAUUACAGGAGACUAAUACAAAGUUUUCCAUGAUGCUUCGAGAAAAAGAGUUUGAGUGCCAUUCAAUGAAGGAAAAGGCUCUCGCGUUUGAGCAGCUACUGAAAGAAAAAGAGCAGGGCAAGACUGGGGAGUUAAAUCAGCUUUUAAAUGCAGUUAAAUCAAUGCAGGAGAAGACAGUUAAGUUUCAACAGGAGAGAGACCAGGUCAUGUUGGCCCUGAAACAGAAACAAAUGGAAAACAGUGCUUUACAGAAUGAGGUUCAACAUUUACGUGACAAAGAAUUACGCUUAAACCAGGAGCUAGAGAGAUUGCGUAACCAUCUUUUAGAAUCAGAGGAUUCUUACACCCGCGAAGCUUUGGCUGCAGAAGAUAGAGAGGCCAAACUGAGAAAGAAAGUCACAGUAUUGGAGGAAAAGCUAGUUUCAUCUUCCAAUGCAAUGGAAAAUGCAAGCCAUCAGGCCAGUUUGCAGGUAGAGUCACUGCAGGAGCAACUGAAUAUGGUCUCCAAGCAAAGGGAUGAAACCACACUGCAGCUUUCUGUCUCUCGGGAACAAGUAAAGCAGUAUGCUCUAUCACUCUCCAACCUCCAGAUGGUACUAGAGCAUUUCCAGCAAGAGGAAAAAGCUAUGUAUUCUGCUGAACUAGAAAAGUACAAACAGCUUGUAGCUGAAUGGAAGAAAAAGGCAGAGAAUCUGGAAGGAAAACUGAUGUCAUUACAGGAGCGUUUCGAUGAAGCAAAUGCUGCAUUGGAUUCAGCAUCAAGACUUACAGAACAGUUAGAUUUAAAGGAAGAACAAAUUGAAGAACUUAAAAAACAAAAUGAACUCCGACAAGAAAUGCUGGAUGAUGUACAAAAGAAAUUGAUGAACUUAGUAAACAGCACAGAAGGAAAAGUGGACAAAGUCCUAAUGAGAAACCUCUUCAUUGGACAUUUCCACACACCAAAACAUCAGCGCCAGGAGGUGCUACGAUUAAUGGGAAGCAUCCUGGGUAUCAAGAGGGAGGAAAUGGAGCAGUUGCUUCAUGAAGAUCAGGGUGGUGUUACCAGGUGGAUGACUGGGUGGCUUGGAGGAGGAUCAAAAAGUGUCCCCAACACGCCUCUGAGACCAAAUCAACAAUCUGUGCUUAAUAGUUCUUUUUCAGAACUUUUUGUUAAAUUUCUAGAAACAGAAUCUCAUCCAUCUGUUCCACCACCAAAGCUUUCUGUUCAUGAUAUGAAACCUCUGGAUUCACCAGGAAGGAGAAAAGUAGUCACAAAUGUACCAGAAAGUUUUAAAGAUACCACAGAAUCCAGAUCUGGGAGCAGAACAGAUGUGAACCCAUUCUUGGCUCCCCGCUCUGCGGCUGUGCCUCUCAUUAACCCGGCUGGACUUGGACCUGGGGGGCCUGGGCAUCUUCUUUUGAAACCCAUCUCAGAUGUGUUGCCCACAUUUACACCUUUGCCAGUGUCACCUGACAACAGCGCUGGAGUUGUGUUGAAAGACCUUUUAAAGCAAUAGGUGAUUCUCAAGCCAGAGACAACAUAUGUAGCACUUUAAAGAAACCAUGAACACUAUAUGUAUGUACUUUACCACAAAGUGGCCUUUCAGAAACAGUCAUGUAUUUGUUUGCAGUUGUACAUUCUCUAAACUUAAUAAAAAUAUUCUUUUUGCUUUUAGAGAUUGCAGAUGUCACAGGGGGAAGUGUUUGCUGUAGUAUAUGCUUUUUUUCUUCUCUGGUUGGCCAAAUUUAAGCUAGAAACAUUUGAUUUUUCAUCUUAAUUUACAAAAAAUAAGAAAAAUAUAAAGAGAGAUAAAAAUUUCUAGUAGCUAUAGAUCAGCUCUUUAUUUCUAUGAUUUUCAAGCUCAUUUAAGCUAGAGACAUGUGGUUUAUCUUUUAAAGAUAAUCAAAUUUACAAAAAAGGAGAAAAUAAUGGUGGCUUAUCUGUAUAGUGCAAACAAUUGAUCUGAAGCAUAUAUUGGUCGUCUUUUUUUUUUUUUCAUUAGUCCUCUGGAGAGGACUUUGUGUAUAGACAGGCCAACAACAGGGUUGUGCCUCGGAGAUCAUAGGUGUCCAGACGUGGAAUGUGUGUGUGUUUGGUUCUAUGCAAUUUUAUCACACGUUGUCGAUCACUGUGAUCAGCACUACAGUGCAGUGCAGAUACCCAACAGUUUCAUCAAGGCUCUCUCGAGCUGCCCUAUUGUAUUUUAUAAUCGCGGCCUCCUUCCCUUCCCGUGCCCGCCUCAUCUCUGGCAACCACUGACUGCUCUCAAGCUCUGUAAUUUGGUCACUUCAAGAGUGCUGUGUAAAUGGACUCGUGCAGUAUGUAACCUUUGGGAUUGGCUUUUUUCACUCAACAUAAUUCCCUUGAGACCUUUCCAAGUUGUUACAUGUAUCAUGAUUUGUUCCUUUUUAAUGCUGAGUUACAUACGGUGGAGAUAUGAUUUAGUUUUAAGAGCCAAGGUAUCUUUUUAAAGGUAACAUCUCAAAAACGUUUGCUCACACACAUGCACACAGCUUUUGGGUAAGUGUUAAGUUGAACAGCUGCAUUUACGUACCUACAGUUGGCAAUAUCACGGAACGGGAUACCUCCUGCCCUUUCUGCGGAGGGGUAGAAGAGGCGCCUUGGUCCAGGAGUCCCCGGUUCUCAUCCUCAUGGUCACUGAGGGUAGUGACGUCAACAGCACCAGCACCGGGUGUUUGCAACUAAAGAAGAAGGGAGUAGUUCUUUAAUUUUUCACAAACCCAUCCUAAAAAAUCUUGACCUGGAACUUAAUUAUAUCGGGAUGUUUGUGUUUGUAUUAGUCGUUGGAGUUGUACAUUUGAAGACAUUUCUUGCGAAUUUUGUAAAUUUCAGUAUACCUUGAAAAUAGAAACAUCUGUAUAACAAGGAAAGGUGAAAAUAAUAUUAAUUCAAAUAUGUAAAUAGGCCUGGCCCUGGCCAGGGCUCAGUUUGGUUGUUUGUAAAUUUUGCUGUGAUUAACUGUCUACUGUCUACUGUGUUUAGAUUGGAAGAUUAGAAGUCUUCAUGUGUGGAUGGGUAAAGCUCGUUUUUCUGAAAUGUUUAGUAGCCGAGACAUCGCUGCUUCAGAACAUCAUCUGUCUCCCGAGCUAAUGUAUUUAUAUCGCCGUUCUUUGUUCAUUCCACUUUAAAGGAAGCUGUUGUACAGGUUCUAUAUUAGAACUGUCAAACUGCCUCUUGUCCGUUUUGCCCAUUAUUAUUUCUCUAUGAAAUUAUUACCUUUAGGUUUUAUAUGAUCCUUCCAAAGAUGCUUUCACUGGCCAUCCUAAAUUAUGUGCUGCUUGCCAUUGAAGUUUCAUUUCAGUGUGGAGCAUCUGAAAUAAAAGUUUCUAAGUUAAAAAAAAAAGACACAUGAUCCUUCAUUUUGAAGAAAGAGAACAUGCAAAAAAGUUUCAUCUUUUAAUUUGAAAAGGAGAUGCAUGCUACAUAUUUAAGUAGCAUAUCAUCAUAUUUUAAAGGCCUUUGAGGACAUUUUGAGCAUUUCCUCCCCUCCAAGUUUGAAAGCGGUUAUGGGUGGAUUGCAUAUCUAACAUACAGCAUGACCUUUCAUGGCUGCUAUUUAAGUAUGUGACUUUGUCUUCAAGCUGUGGUACCUAAUGUUUCAGUUGUAUCAUGGUUGAAACUAUAGCUCACUGGUAUGCAUACUAAGUGUGUGUUGAUCUAAACCAGACAUAACUCAUCUACUUUUCUGAAACCAAGUUGUGUCAGAGAUGAGCCAUCUGCCUAAGGAAUCUUGGUAACCAUACAGUGAUGAAGCAUAUAAUUGUUAUGUUAGCAAUAGGACAUGGCAAACAGUAUUUUUACUGCAAUAUUUUAACUACAGUACUUUUACUGUUUACUUCUUUCUAAACUUACUAGAAUUUGUGGUUGAAUUUUGCUUUAGCUGCCAGUUUUUCACAACAUUCCUAAUGGUUUUCAACUGCUAUAAUAUAGUAGAAAAGCCAUCCAGCCAUUGAAUUUGAUUUUAAUAUAAUCCCAUAUCAUGGUUGGUUGAGUUUUUGACCCUGCCAUUAUCGAUUUUUCAAAGAAAAAAAAAAGGAAACAAAACUAAAAUAACAAAAACUUGGGGAAAAAGGAAUGACUUUCUUAAAACCAGCCAAUUAAAACAUUAACUAUCCUUUGCAAACAAAGCCUCCCCUUUAUUUUAACCUUUUAAUGGUUAAUUGAAAAAGGGGGAAAAGACUCAAAAUACUUAUCCAAUUAGUAGAUGGAAAACAAACUUUGUCUUCAGGGAUAGGGGAGUGAUAAAGAAUUAAUGGGAGAGUGCCAUUAUGCGUCAGAUUUAAAGCAUUUGAAUCUGAUUUUUCAACACCAAUGAAGUUUUUCAUACAUCAACGUAUUUAAAAUGUUUCCCAUCCACAAAAAUUUCCUUUAAUUUUGUAAAUAUCAAGUAAGUAUAACUGAUAUUUAUUUUAUAUAUUCCUAUGGAAAAAGUAAUGGUAUUUUAAUGUUCUGACAUUUGUGAUUAUUUGCCAGUCUUUACUUUUUAACUUAUUAAGGUUUCUCUAAUUAAACUUGAUAAGUUGUCUUUUGGUUUUUAGGGAAAUAUCUAAAUGUGGGAAAUUUACAACCCAACCUUAAUACUGGGUUGUGUUUUAUAGAGCUAAAGUCAAUGCAUUUCUGAAUUUCUCAGGAGCACUGCAAGGCAAAAAAAUACUCCAAAUAAAAAUGAUAUAUGUAAGUUGGCAAUGUCUUUAUCCACAAUAAAAAAGUUUUUUUAGCAAACA